AUGCAGAAUCGCGCAGGUUUUUUUUUAUUAUUAUUAUUUAUUUAUUUUUUUGGGAGGGGGGAUUGGGGGGGGGCAUAUGACAGGAAGCUGGGGAUAUGGCGAGUAGAGGGGGACAUGGAGAGGAGGAGGAUGUGGCCGAGGAGGACGACGAGAAUAGCGAGGACAACUACGAGGAGGAGGAGCAGAUAUGGGGGAGGAGAAGAGAUGGACAGAAGGAAAGAGGAAGGGCGGGAGGAGGACGAGUGGGAGGAGGAGGAGACAUGUACGGAGAAGAAGGGGAGGACAUGAGGAAGGUAAGGAGACGAGGAGGCAUGGAAGAUGGCGAAGCACGAGGAGGAGGAGGAGGAGACAAGGAGAAUGAGGAAGGACAGGAGGAGGACAAACAGGAGGAGGAGACAUGGAGGGCAGGAGGAGGACGAAAAGGAGUAAACGAAAAGGAGAAAGGAGGAGGAGACGUGGAGGAGGAGGAAGGGGAGGAGGAGCAAGGGGGACAUGGAGAGGAGGAGGAUGUGGCCGAGGAGGACGACGAGAAUAGCGAGGACGACUACGAGGAGGAGGAGCAGAUAUGGGGGAGGAGAAGAGAUGGACAGAGGGAAAGAGGAAGAGCGGGAGGAGGACGAGUGGGAGGAGGACGAGUGGGAGGAGGAGGAGACAUGGACGGAGAGGAAGGGGAGGACAUGGGGAAGGUAAGGAGAGGAGGAGGCAUGGAAGAUGGCAAAGUACGAGGAGGAGGAGGAGACAAGGAGGAUGAGGAAGGACAGGAGGAGGACGAACAGGAGGAGGAGACAUGGAGGGCAGGAGGAGGACGAGAAGGAGUAAACGAAAAGGAGAAAGGAGGAGGAGACAUGGAGGAGGAGGAAGGGGAGGAGGAGCAAGAUGAGGCAGCACUCCUGCAAAAAAAAAAAUUCAUCCCGCUUAUAAUUUUGGCGGGGGAAAUGUAGUAUAGAAGCACUACGACCAAUUAUCGAAAAAGACAACCGACUGCCCUGCCUUGUUGGCAAGGCUUACUAAGUAAAGAAAAGGAAAAAGA